CAAAAAUUGAAUGAAAUUUUAAAUUUUGGACAUUGUAAUUUAUUACGCUAGAGAAAAAAAAAACUAAAAUUACGGAGUAGAAUUAUUUAAGAAGGAAUCACAAAAAUCAAAUACAACGCAACAAGAAAUAAACAUACAAACAUUUAUAUAUAAUUAUAAUCAAACAUAAACAUAUAUAGUAGAGGCUUUUACUCAGAUAUAUUUUUGCAAUUUGUAUUCUAAACCGCAAACAUGAUUAAUGUGGCUGGUGUUGUCAGUAUUGUAUUAUUUUAUUUAUUAAUAUUGGGUGUUGGAAUAUGGGCUGGAAGGAAGAAAGAAAGUGGAAAUGAUUCCGAAGAGGAAGUCAUGUUAGCUGGUCGAUCAAUUGGAUUAUUUGUUGGUAUUUUUACUAUGACAGCUACAUGGGUUGGUGGAGGUUACAUUAAUGGUACAGCUGAAGCAAUUUAUACUACUGGUUUAGUAUGGUGCCAAGCUCCAUUUGGAUAUGCGCUGAGUUUGGUAUUUGGUGGAAUAUUUUUCGCGAAUCCUAUGAGAAAACAAGGUUACAUCACAAUGUUAGAUCCGUUGCAGGAUACAUUUGGUGAAAGAAUGGGUGGUUUAUUAUUUCUUCCGGCCCUUUGUGGUGAAGUUUUUUGGGCUGCUGGUAUAUUAGCUGCUUUAGGAGCUACGCUUUCAGUUAUUAUUGACAUGGAUCACAGGACAUCAGUCAUUUUAUCAUCUUGCAUUGCUGUAUUUUAUACAUUAUUCGGUGGCUUAUAUUCAGUUGCAUAUACUGAUGUUAUACAACUAUUUUGCAUUUUUAUUGGGCUGUGGAUGUGCAUACCAUUUGCUUGGGCAAAUGAUCAUGUAAAAAGCUUAUCAUCAAUGGAUGUUGAUUGGAUUGGUUCGGUAGCCCCUGAAGAAUAUUGGUAUUACUUAGAUUAUGGAUUACUACUUGUAUUUGGUGGCAUUCCAUGGCAGGUAUACUUUCAACGUGUAUUAUCAAGUAAGACUGCCGGUCGUGCACAAAUCUUAUCCUAUGUUGCCGCUUUUGGUUGUAUUUUGAUGGCAAUCCCACCGGUUCUCAUUGGAGCUAUAGCAAAAGCAACUCCUUGGAACGAAACUGAUUAUAAAGGUCCAUAUCCAUUGACGGUUGACGAGACAAGUAUGAUAUUACCAAUGGUACUACAAUAUUUGACUCCUGAUUUUGUAUCAUUCUUUGGUUUGGGUGCUGUAUCAGCUGCUGUAAUGUCAUCUGCUGAUUCGUCAGUUUUGUCAGCAGCAUCAAUGUUCGCACGCAAUGUCUACAAGCUUAUAUUUAGACAGAAUGCGUCUGAAAUGGAAAUAAUCUGGGUUAUGAGAGUAUCAAUAUGUGUUGUCGGUUUCCUAGCUACAGUAAUGGCACUUACAAUUCCAUCAAUUUAUGGGCUCUGGUCUAUGUGUUCCGAUUUGGUUUAUGUAAUAUUAUUUCCUCAGCUUUUAAUGGUGGUACACUUCAAAAACUUUUGUAAUACUUAUGGAAGUUUAGCAGCUUAUAUUGUAGCGUUACUAAUUCGAUUGGGUGGUGGAGAACCAAUUUUAGGAUUACCAGCAUUUAUUAAGUUUUCUGGAUAUGAUGAAGAGAAUCAACGGCAAUUAUUUCCUUUCCGUACAUUCGCAAUGAGCAUUAGUUUAAUAACAUUAAUUUUUGUAUCAUGGUGGACUAAGAUGAUGUUUGAAAGUGGCCGGUUAGCGCCAAAAUAUGAUUAUUUCCGGUGUGUUGUCAAUAUACCUGAAGAUGUUCAAAGAGUUGGAGAACCAUCAGAAGUUGGUGAACAGCUUUCUGUUAUGGCUGGUACUAUAGGAAGAACAUAUGGUUCGGCAGCUGCUGCAGCAACAAUGGUUGGUAAAGAUGAACGUAAUGGUAGAAUUAAUCCAGCUCUUGAACCUGAUGAUGAUCUACCAUUUGUUGAAGCAACAAAAUCAUCAGCAGCAAAACAACCACCAGCUAAACAUUUACCGCCAAUAAAUAGUGGUGGCGGUGGACAAGGCAUUGCUGUUCCCAGUACAGAACAAGGAAAUACUGCCUUCUAAUAAAUUAACAAUAUUAA